AUGGCGACUUCACCCAACGGCAACGGCAAACGCAACCUACUGGACAGUUUUGACGACGCCGCAGACUCCAAACAACAACAUAAAAGUCCCAAAAAGAAGAAGCGAUCCAAAGUGGAAGAUGACAUGUUUGCUCCCUCCCCCGCUACAGACCGAAAAGCCAGUUUGUCGAAAUUUGUGCGUCGCAUUCUAGAUCCCAAUCGCAAACCCACUGGAUUGAUUGAACCUCCUCAAGUGAUUCCCUUGAAUGAUGAAUUCCUCAAAGCCUUUGGAAAACGGGAAAAGGAAAUGGAUGCCGAAAUUGGACGCACCAUUGACAUUGACAACGAUCUAGCCGAUGAUGACAAGGAAGACGACAAGGAUGCCAACGACACUAGCACGACAAAAUCCAAAGAAGAUUCCUCGAAACGAAAAAUCAAAGUGACCAAUCUCAAAUACACCACUGCCGUACAGACACUGCGCGAAGAAUGCAUGAAUUUUGGACCCGUCGUCGAUGUUAAUAUGCUCAUGGACGACAAUGAUCCGACCAAAAAUACGGGACGCGCCUAUGUGGUCUUUUCGACGGCGGCAGCCGCACAAGCGGCCGUGGAUCAACAAUUGGGAGGCGAUUUGGACGGACGACCCAUUCGCGUGUCGUUAGCGGAAGAACAAAAACGCACUCCGGGUAACGCCUUUACGGAAAAGCGCUAUUGGCUCAAGGAUAUUUCCACCAAAUGCUAUCGAUGUGGGAAUAUUGGUCACAUGGAAGCUGAAUGUCCCAAUCCACAACAAGCAUCUAUUUGUCCCCUCUGUGCCAAUAUCCACGGUGGAGGAGAGCAUGAAAUGCGACACUGUCCUCUCAAUCGAGUCUGCUUCAAUUGUGGAAUUCCUGGACACAUUAAUCGCGAGUGCUCGUACAAACGGGGCAGCGUUCCGCCGCGACAGAUUUGUUCCAUUUGUUGUGGGUCGGGGCAUACGCGGUUUCAAUGUCCACGCAGUAAUGUGCAUGGGAUUGAAGAUGCCAUUUGUUUGGUCUGUGGCAAAACGGGACAUUUCAUGUGCUCCGAACUCAAAUGGUUCUUUGGAUUGGAAGGAGUCUUUUGUUUCAAUUGUGGUGGCAAGGGACAUGUGGGACAAAAAUGCCAACGGCCCAUUCUGGAUGAUUUGGUGCGAAAUGAAGGAUGGACCCUCAAGGAAAUUGAACGAGCGGAAGAAUACAAAUUAGCCGAAGAUGUGGAAGCCGAACGGAUGGAACAAGAGCGCAAGGACCGCGAAGAGGAGCAAAGACGUACCGAGGAACGCGAACAACGACGGGAGCGCUAUCGAGACAAGGACCGCCAACGUGCUCGCAGUGCUCCUCGACCACGUGGUGGACAAGAAGAGUAUCGAUACACAGUCGACGACAAUGACAACAACAACAACAAUAGUCGCAACAGCAACAAUCGACGGGGAUAUGGUGGUGGCAGCAGCGGUGGCAGACGAAGGGGAUAUCGAUAA